ACUUUUGACAUUAGUUCACGAAACAAACAGAAAAGAUAACAAGAAAAAUACAAGAAAUUAUUUGCCAGCUAUUCUUAUUUGGAUGAAAUGGAUGACGUUGCCGUGGUCCAGAGCGAAAAUGAAAAUUUGCGCAAAGUACGCACGAGAUUGCUUCAAUGGGAGUCAAGUAGUGACGCACUUGCUCCCCUAAAUCCCCUGCAGUUGGAAUGCUUCGAUGUGAUAACUAAUCAGUGCCGAAACUUCAAAGAGGUGCAGUCGGAGUCAACAGCCGUUGCAAGCGCUGCAGAUCCCCCAAUCAAAGAUGACAACAAAAAUACUACUAACUUAUUAAGUGUCAGUGCACAAGAAUUACAGGCUUUGCCCUCUCCUGGUAUCAAUAACACACGCGAUUUUCUGCUAUGGUACGAUCGUGUCAACGAGGAAAUCACUAAACAUGCCGAUGCACAGUAUUACCAAUACUUGCAACAAUUGGAACAGCGGGAUGCGGAAUGUGGCGAAAUUUUGGAACAGAUCAACCUAGCAAUGCAGCAAUUGAAUACUUUGAAAAGUGAAUAUGAAACGGUUUCGCAAAAAACUAGUGCUUUAAAUACAGCCAGCGAGCAAUUGACGGAGGAACAGCAGCGUUUACAAAAGCUUGGUGAAGAAAUACAACGACGCCUACACUACUUCAGUCAAGUAGAGCUGUUGCAUCAGCGACUGCAGAGUCCUACGCUAUCGGUGGCAAGCGAGGCAUUCAGAGAUUGCUUGGAUCGUAUCGACGAGUGCCUUGAAUAUAUGAGGGCCAAUCCAAAGUUCAAAGAUGCCAGUUCUUAUACAGUGAAAUACAAACAUUGUCUAGCGAAAGCGGUGACUUUAAUAAAAAAUUACACAUCCGUUAUUAUGUCGCAAGCUACCGCUGCCACACUACAUCCAAAACAAGCCUUACCAAGCGCAACUGCGAACACUUUGGAAAGUGAAAAGAAAACUACUAUUACAAAUAGUUCUCCAGAUGCCGCCUUCGCUUUGUACUAUGGCAAAUACCAAACAGCUGCUGUCAAGAUUAAACGUGUGGCACAGCUAGUUGAGUCGCGUCUAGAACGCAGCGCCGAAUAUGAGCAACUGCUAAGUGAAAUGCAUCAAAAUUAUCUAAACGAACGCGCACUAAUUAUGUCACCCGCUGUCAACAAAGCGAUAUUGGAAUUGAAAGCCGCACACAAGGGAGACCAUUGCGCGCUCACACGCAGCGCUUGUGCAUUCCUAGUGCAUGUAUGCCAGGAUGAGCAGCGGCUCUUUUUUCAAUUCUUCGCGCUAGGCAGCGAACAGUUGACCACUUAUUUGGAGGGCCUCUGCACCAUAUUAUACGAUACAAUGCGCCCCUUCAUUAUACACAUUAACCACUUGGAAACAUUGGCGGAAAUUUGUUCCAUUUUACGUAUUGAAAUGCUCGAGGAGCACGUACAACAAAAUCCUGGCGCGCUCGAGGCGUUUGCGAAUACUGCGAAUCAACUGCUACAGGAUGUGCAAGAGCGUUUGGUAUUUCGUGCGCAUCUUUAUCUGCAAUCGGACAUCUUAAAUUAUAAUCCCUCAGCUGGUGAUCUUGCUUACCCCGAUAAGUUGGAGAUGAUGGAAAGUAUCGCAUUGUCGCUACAGGAUACACAGCAUAUACGACGUUAUGAUUCGCGUUCGUCGCUCAAUUCGAGCAUUUCAAGUGCAAUGGAAACGGAUAGUGUAGACAACACAAGUCGACAACGAAAUAUGAACUCUUCGCCUGCCGACCUACACGGCAUGUGGUAUCCAACUGUGCGUCGCACGUUAGUGUGUCUUUCACGGCUUUACCGUUGCGUAGAUCGUCCCAUUUUUCAAGGACUCUCCCAAGAGGCACUCAAACUUUGCAUACAAAGUGUCUCCGCGGCAGCGACGAAAAUUUCAGCAGCCAAAUCCCCCAUAGACGGCGAGUUGUUCGAAAUAAAGCAUCUGCUUAUUUUGCGCGAACAAAUAGCACCAUUCCGUGUGGAUUUCACCAUCAAAGAAACCUCGCUGGAUUUCAGCAAGGUGAAGACAGCAGCAUUCGGUUUGCUACAAAAGCGCAAACAGCUCUUCUCAAUGGGCAGCAAUAAUGCGCUGCUCGAGUUUCUGCUUGAGGGCACACCACAAAUUAAGGAGCACCUGCUGGACUCACGCAAAGAAGUCGAUCGCCAUCUGAAAAUGGUGUGCGAACAGUUCAUAAAGGAUGCGGUGCAAAUGCUCGUUUCGCCCAUACUAAAAUUUCUGGAUAAAGCGCAAACGCUGCUACAAACGAAGGACAACAAAAGCGCCACAAGUGAAAAAGACAGCGGCGCUGCGGCUAAAGUGAACUACGCCUUGCGUCAGAGUGCGUGGGCGAGUCCACAACAAAUAAGCAGCAUCAUACAGGAGACACAGCGUCUUAUAAAAAGUAAAUUGUCAACACUCCAACGUUCCAUGCAACUCUACUUGAGUAAUCGCGAUACAGAGUUUAUAAUCUUUCGUCCGAUACGAAAUAACAUCAUACAGACAUUUGUGAAACUGGAGCAGCUGCUUUCCACAAAUGGUUACAACAACGACGACAUGACCAUCACCGGCUGUCCAACCGCCGAACAGGUGUCUAUACUAUUGUCCAGUGCAAGUAUUUUGGCCACAGAGGGUAUUGUAAAUUUCUCGGCAGCGACGAGUAAGACCAGCACCUCUUCGAACGAGGAAGCUGCGCAAGCGCGACGCAUAAGCUUCGAAAAGCGUGUGUCAUUUGAAGGUGGCGUUACGCCAGUUGCGACUAUGGAAAAUCUACCCGAAAUGCCCGAAUCCGGUUCCUCAGCAGCCUCACCCGCGCCCACAAUGCUCUCAGAGACAAAUGAAAAUGACGCAACUGCAACGGCGGAAACGGCAAAUAUUGUGUAGUCCAUUUAGCAACCGUUACAAGCAUUAGUUACAAAUAGAGUCCUGGCAUAUGCUGAAGAUACUUCACAUGCAAAAUCUUGAUUUUUACUAUUACUUAGUUCACAUAUAUGUUAUUGCCUAACUUUAAACUUAAAACAAAAUUAUAUUCCAUAUGUCACCUCUAUUAAUAAAAUAAUAUAAUAAUAUAGUGAAAUAUAUUCAU